AUGAUUGAACCUACUCCCAUCAUUGACCUGACCACGUCCAGAGUUGCAGGGGACUCGACGUCUUUAGCAUCACAUUUGACCACUGCGAGAAACCUACAGACUACGCUGGAUGAUGUAAAAGCGGGACUCCGAAUAGUCAAUGCCCGCGCUGAGCUAUCCGCACAUACGUGGGAUGGGAUCGAGGAAUGGGUUGGUGAAGACGGCACUCUGGGACUCAAAGAUCCUAAGAUCGUUGAGAGUGAUGUGCAAGCACAGAUUUCUUUCCUAAGGAAGCUCAAGUUUCUCUACCUCGAGCAGAAUGCAAAGGAUAAAUAUGUGAAGACCAUUGUCAGCGACGACGCCCCGCUAGUGACACCUGCGCUAAACGAAGAACUCCGACUACAGAAUGAGGAGAAGAAGGCUGCGCUACGUGAGCACAAAGCGAAGCUAGCAGAAAGAAGGGACGAUCUUCGAGCACUUUCUGGAUUUGUAGAGGAAGGCGUCGUAGAUUAUAAGAAAGCACAAACCCUCACUCUCCAAGCAUCCACGCUCUCACAAAAGAUACUCGAUGCACGUCUAACACUUACUCGCUUGCGACAGGCCCAUCCCCAUCCUCGACUAACAAUAACCACAGCGAACCAGCAACUCGAUGGCCAAGUAGAAGAGAUGCAAGCACUAGACGCGGAACUCGCGGAUGCGCACGAGAAGAUUGCCGCUGUACGAGAGCGGAUAAAAGUUGGGACGGGUGAAGUCGAGAGGCUGAGGAGUGUUAGGGCGGAGGUGGAAAAGGCUGUGGAAGUCGGUGCGGGUGAAAGAGUAGAAGACGGAAGAGUGGUUGGACUGUAUGAUUGGUGCGCGACUUCUAACAUCAGACUACUUCUCGUUUGCAACUAUCUAUCUCUGAUUCUACACAGGUUCUCAACCACGACCUCAACCCAUCAUGCACUCGUCUCGCUUCUCUCUGCGCAUAGUGAGUCCGAUAAUGAGCUGCGCCUCACCUACCGCGUACAUGAGCGUGAGGUAUGUAUGACACUGCUAUUCAUACCUAAUACGCGCCGCUUGGCUGAGGCACGGGUGGAGGGCGUCGAGGAAAGCGCAGUCGGAGACGUUGUAGAUGCGCACGUCAUGGCAAACGAUGUAUCUGGGCUUGUGUGGGCUGUGCUCGCGAGAGCAAGGGCUACAUAA